ACAAGAGAUAAUUGAUUCCAUUAUGUGUGCUUCAGCCAAAUACAACACCCGGGGUCCAGCCCUCAUCCCAAGAAUGAAAACCAAGCAUCGCAUCUACUACAUCACCCUCUUCUCUAUAGUUCUGCUUGGCCUAAUUGCUACAGGAAUGUUCCAGUUCUGGCCACACUCCAUUGAGUCAUCCAGCGACUGGACUGUUGAAAAACGCAGCGUCCACGAUGUGCCUGUGGUGAAGCUCCCUGCCGACAGCCCCAUUCCUGAGCGAGGAGACCUCAGCUGCAGGAUGCACACCUGCUUCGACGUCUAUCGCUGCGGCUUCAAUCCCAAAAACAAAAUUAAGGUGUACAUCUACUCGCUGAAGAAGUAUGUGGAUGAAUAUGGGACACCUGUCAGCAACACCAUCUCCAGGGAAUACAACGAGCUGCUGACUGCCAUCUCUGACAGCGAGUUCUACACCGACGAUGUCAACCGGGCCUGCCUUUUUGUGCCGUCCAUAGAUGUCCUCAACCAGAACACGCUCCGCAUCAAGGAGACGGCUCAGGCCUUGGCACAGUUAUCCAGGUGGGAUCGAGGCACAAAUCACUUGCUCUUCAAUAUGCUGCCUGGGGGGGCACCGGAUUAUAACACUGCACUGGAUGUUCCCAGAGAUAGAGCUCUCUUGGCUGGUGGAGGCUUCUCCACGUGGACUUACCGGCAAGGCUAUGAUGUCAGUAUUCCUGUCUACAGCCCGCUGUCCGGGGAAGUGGAUCUGCCGGAAAGAGGACCAGGUCCUCGCAGGUAUUUCAUUCUGUCCUCUCAAAUGGCUCUGCACCCCGAGUACCGCUCUGAGCUGGAAGCUCUUCAGGCCGAGAACGGGGAGUCCGUGUUGGUCCUGGACAAAUGCACGAAUCUCUCGGAUGGGGUCCCUGCUGUUCGCAAACGCUGUCACAAGAACCAAGUCUUUGAUUAUCCUCAAGUACUCCAGGAGGCUACGUUCUGUGUCGUCCUGCGAGGAGCCCGCCUGGGACAAGCAGUGUUGAGUGAUGUUCUUCAAGCUGGCUGUGUCCCAGUCGUCAUUGCUGAUUCCUAUAUUUUACCUUUCUCUGAAGUUUUGGACUGGAAGAGAGCCUCAGUUGUCAUCCCAGAAGAAAAGAUGCCUGAAAUGUAUAGCAUUCUGCAAAGUGUUCCUCAGAGACAGAUUGAAGAGAUGCAAAGACAGGCAAGAUGGUUCUGGGAAGCAUAUUUUCGAUCAAUGAAAGCAAUUGCUCUUGCUACUCUUCAGAUUAUCAAUGAUAGAAUUUACCCAUAUGCUGCCAUUUCUUAUGAAGAAUGGAAUGAUCCCCCAGCUGUGAAAUGGAGCAGUGUGAGUAACCCGCUUUUCCCACCGCAGUCCCAAGGUUUCACAGCUAUAGUGCUGACCUACGACCGUGUGGAGAGCCUUUUCCGAGUCAUCACUGAAGUGUCCAAAGUGCCCAGUCUGUCCAAACUGCUGGUUGUCUGGAACAACCAGAACAAGAAUCCCCCAGAAGAUUCCCUGUGGCCAAAGAUUCGGGUUCCACUGAAAGUUGUUAGAACUGCAGAAAACAAACUUAGUAACCGCUUCUUCCCCUACGAUGAGAUUGAAACAGAGGCAGUGUUGGCUAUUGAUGACGAUAUCAUUAUGCUAACCUCGGAUGAACUCCAGUUUGGAUAUGAGGUGUGGCGCGAGUUUCCUGACAGGCUGGUCGGGUAUCCGGGGCGCCUGCAUCUGUGGGACCACGAGAUGAACAAAUGGAAAUACGAAUCCGAGUGGACCAAUGAAGUCUCGAUGGUGCUGACCGGCGCAGCGUUUUAUCACAAGUAUUUUAACUAUCUUUACACCUAUAAAAUGCCUGGAGACAUCAAGAACUGGGUGGAUGCUCAUAUGAACUGUGAAGAUAUUGCCAUGAAUUUUCUGGUGGCAAAUGUCACAGGCAAAUCAGUUAUUAAGGUGACCCCACGGAAGAAGUUCAAGUGUCCUGAAUGCACAGCAAUCGAUGGGUUAUCACUGGACCAGACACACAUGGUGGAAAGAUCUGAAUGCAUCAAUAAAUUUGCCUCUGUCUUCGGGACCAUGCCUCUGAAAGUGGUGGAGCACCGGGCAGACCCUGUCUUGUACAAAGAUGACUUUCCUGAGAAACUGAAGAGCUUUCCCAAUAUCGGCAGCUUGUAAAGGCAGCUGUGAGACAAACCUGUGUGCUGAAAGUCAAGGCAGAGAAGGUGCCAGGAAGAAACCCUAAAGAAACCCUAAAGAAAAUCAUGCAAGGAAGAGGGUUACGUCUGAGAGAUGCGGGUGUUGUGUGCUGGUAUAUCGGUCCUCCCUUCGCGUUGCACAUGUGCAAUGGAAAGCUGAACAACUGCUUCUCUGUAGCGUGUGGAGGAUUGAAUCUGUUCAUGGGUCCUAUGAGAAAUGUCAAAACAAACACUUUUUCUCCAAAGGAGGCUGUGCACCUGCAAGAAUAAAACGGAAUCUCGCUCUG